AUGAGUCUGGACUGCGAGGGGGACGGGGCCCCAUGUGUGGAGUGCGGCGAGUUCGACUUCUUGCCGUACGCAUGCCUGCGGUGUGGCGGCACGUUUUGCGCGGCGCACACGAUUUGCCACCACAUUCCGGGACACGCUGCGCUCACCGCUGCUGGUGUGGCAUCAGCGGUGCCACUCAGCGAAGCUCAGGGUGAUGCUGAGGUGUCAAAGGCUGCCCCGCUAUGCAUGCCUUUGCAAGGGGUAUCGUCGACACUCACCGAAGCUGACGCGACACCAACAUCAAGCGCGCUCUCUGAUCGACAGCAGCAUCGAUGCGCUGUGUGUCAGUCGGUGCUGUGCGCUCUGGCGCCAUGUCCUCAGUGCGGGGACUGCUAUUGCGCAGCUCACCGCUUUCAUGGCCACGAAGACGUCACAUCGAAAAAGUGGCAGCAGCGGCGAGCAAAUCCGCGCGCCGUCUUCUUCGGACAGCGGGGCAACAACAGUACCACGACCGUCGAUCCCAUCGCUGCGUUGUGCUCUACGUUCACGUCAGCACACCCUCUCGUGCUCGCGCCUGUCGGAUAUCGUAGCCGCCGGAUGUAUGCGCUGGCUCUCAUCGUCGCACCUGCGACCGCUGCAGCGAUGGCCUUUACGGGCACCCCAAUGGGUGGUAGCGAAGGGUCCCCCUAUACUAUCGGCGUCUGCAGCUUGAUUGUAGCGACGGAGAUGUCGGUGGGUCAGCUAUGCGAUCGACUCGUGGGGUUUCUGCGAGAUGCAUGGAUACCCGUCAUGGAACAGGAACAGGAUAGCGAGGCGGCCGGUUCGGUGGCGUCGCUGGGGUGGUCGGAGUGGGUCUCCUCAGCGCCCUCGUCCUUGCUCAGUGUGGUUCCCGCUGUCCCCACCCCUGAUAGUACGGCAGCUGUCGGGUCAGCAUGGCGCCGCGUGCCAGCGCUGUCGCUGGUGCAGCUCCCGGCCGAUGUUAUUCUACGGAAGGCACCAAUAGUGAGUGCGACGGUGUUGUUGCGCCUCGCCGAUACCACCACGGCAGAGUGCACGGCGCCGGAGGCGGAUGUGGCUCUACGACGUUUCAUGACAACAAUCCUGUACGGGAAGGCCGCCACCUCCUCAACGGCUGCUCCGUGGACGUCUGCAAUGGCCUCCGCUCACCGCGAUGAUCGCGUCAAGGCGCUCGCCACGCGCCUCUAUCUUCAGCAGCAGCUGCUUUGCCGUACCACGGAAGACGCUCAUGAAAGCACUGCCGCCAGCGCAGAUGUGACAUCGGACAAAGCAGAAGGGCGGAGUGCUCAGCUGCUAGAGGGUCGUACUGGGGCCUCUGUGCAGGGGAUAGGGACGGUGGUAGAGCUGACACCCGACGCUGAGGGUGAUAUUACUCCAUCACCCACUACCGUCUCCGAUGCGGCUGGCAGCACGAAGCCUUUGCCGGUCGUGGCAGUGUGGCCGUUCCGACACGCUCCACCGCUGAACAACUUCAACUUUUUCAACUCUAAGCUAAAUCCGUGCGGCAUUGCUGCAAUUCGCCCUGCUGCUGCCCCGCGCGUUGUCGUGGCGGUCUUCGUCGCGGAUGCCACCCUACCGGUGGCAGUGAUGCCCAUGUGCAUUGCGGUUGGCCACAACUGGCCACUUGCUCGUGUAGUCGAUCGCAUUCGCGAGGAAGUGGGAGAGCAGCAACUCGCGCAGCACCGUGACGCCAGGGAAGCGCUCAAUACGUUCUCUGUGCAUCAUCUUGGCAACGGCAGCGGCGCCUCCUCCGCAGCGGCGGGUAUUGCGAGAGAGCCAGUCUGCUUAUGGAGUGGCUAUGCGCAGCCCUUCACCUUGUCCACUCCGGUGACGCUGCAAAGUGCGGAUGUACUGCUGCUGUGCCCCGCGGAUUCGCCUGGUGCCGAGGUGGCGCUGAGGGAAGAGCUGCAAAGACUUCGGGGUUUGACGGGAAAAGCGAAGGCGGCGCUCAAAGCAGAUCAAGUGAAGAAGUGCGCUGUUAUGUGA